AUGGCGCCUGUCGCGUCAAACGACGCGCCAGGCAUAAGAUCGUUCUAUCGUUCUCUUGCCGAGAACGACACAGACACAUCAGUCGAGUACUUCAUCUCACUUGUCAAACGUCGACAGAUCUACGGCUCCAAGGAAUGCGCGAAUGCGACCGCACGACUACUACGCCACAUCGUGUCCAGGACCAGGUCCGCCGAUUCAGCGCAUCUGCAGGACAAAGUGCGUCAGGUCGGCAGGCAACUCGCACAGGCGAACCCGAAAGCUCUGACAGUUGGGAACAUAGUCCGCCGGGUCUUGGGCCUCAUUCGAGAUGAGGAGGACAAGCAACGAGGAGACGACAGCGCUGCCAACAGUGCGCCUGCAUCCGAAUUACCAACUCCUGGAGGCGAGCUGCCCGGAGCCAUUCCAACGGCAUCGUCCAGAGGCAUUGCUUCACCACCAAGAACCGCGAAAGCACCAGAACGACCACCACUAAUUACAUCACAUACCGGUGCCCCAGUUCCGACUCGGCCAGUGACGUCCAUGUUCAGUAUAAUGGCGCAUCCAACCAUGAGAGCUUCCGGAACCUCAUCACCUACUGGGACGGCAACGCCACCUCACGGAUUCCCUGGAGCCGUUGCAUUGACCGAUUUACGAGCUGAGGUACUAGAGGGAAUAGGGGAAUUGAUCGACGAGUUGGACAGAGGGGAUGAGGAUAUCGCCAACCAUGCUCUCGAUCAUAUCUCCUCGUCGGAUACAAUCUUCACAUAUUCAUCAUCCAUGACCGUCCAACGCUUCCUGCUCAAGGCUGCGUCGAAGCGCAAGGGCUUCACGGUUGUGCACGCCGAGGCCUAUCCGAAUGAUCACCGGAGAGUACAUGCGAUAGCAACAGGGAAUAGUGCCGCAAAAGACAGCGAGGAGGCAGAUCUGGCUGUUGCCUCCUUCCAACAACCUCUUAUCAAGGCCGGCGUACGAGUAAUUGUGAUCCCGGACUCGGCUAUCUUCGCCUUGAUGUCUCGCUGCACCAAGUGCAUUCUCUCAGCAGCCGCUGUCUUGGCAAAUGGAACCUUCACCGCUUCAGCAGGAACCAAAGCCGUCGUCAAAGCCGCCCGCUUCCAUCGAGUACCAAUCGUUGUGCUGGCCGCGACAUACAAACUCUCGCCGCAAUACCCGCAUGACAGCCACGAGUUGGUCGAGUACGCUGAUCCAGGCAAGAUCAUUACCACACACGAUGGCGAACUAAGUCAAGGCUUGAGUGACGUACGAAACCCAUUGACAGAUGUGGUGGACGGCGCAAACGGCGAGAUAGACCUGUUUAUCACGAACGACGAAGGAGUUGCUGGCGCCAGCAUUUACAGGGUUGUCAAAGACUUGUACCGGGAAGAGGAUCUCGUCAUUUGA